AUCAUUCAGGAUCUGCUCAUGUCCUUUACUGACGGAGACCAGGACGUCUUCUUUGAACUGUGGGAAGAGCACAUCCCUUCCUCGGCCCGAGAGCAGGAAGCCGUGGGUCAGAAACUGGAGUUCUACCUUCACAUCCACUUCGGCAUCUACCUGCUGAAGCACGCCGUGGGAAAGCCCGAUAAAGCAGCUUUGGAUGAAAGGAUCGCGUGUUUUAAAACCUACCUGGAGACUAAAGGGGCAGCUUUGAGCCAGACAACCGAAUUCCUCCCUUUCUACGCCCUGCCGUUUGUUCCCAACCCGAUGAUCCACCCGUCCUUCAAAGAACUUUUCCAGGAUUCUUGGGAAUCUGAUCUAAAAACGAGGCUGGAAGAAUUUCUGUCUGCCACGCUGAAGGCCAGCGACAGCCCGAGGCUUCUGACCUUAUAUAAAGAAAACACGCAAUGCAGCCAAGAAACGUUGCAGCAGCUCCACCAACAGCUGGUGGAGUCCGAACGGAAAACCAUGACCUACCUCAAGCGGUUCAACAAAAUCCAAGCCGAUUAUCACAACCUCAUUGGUGUCACAGCUGAGCUGGUGGACUCGCUGGAGGCUACUGUGAACGGCAAGAUGAUCACCCCGGAAGACCUGCAGAGUGUCUGCCUGCGUCUCUUUAGCAAUCAGAUGAAGCAAAGCGUUGCGCAUAGCAUAGACUUCACCAGGCCCGGCACUGAAUAUGGCUGUGUGAGCCCCUGUGAGGAUGAAUAUGCUUCGACCAUGUUAAGAGCAUCGUUGGUCCCGGCGAAAGUGCAGGAGGUCCCCUUCCUGCCAUCUUUGGAUUAUGAGAAGUUAAAGAAAGACCUGAUCGACGGAAGUGACCGCCUCAAGGCUUUCUUGCUACAGGCUUUGCGCUGGCGUUUGACAACUUCCCAUCCGGGCGAACAGCGGGACACGGUUCUGCAGGCUUAUAUCAACAACGAUCUUUUGGAUUGCUACAGUAACGGCCAGAGGAGCUUCCUGAUGCUGAUCCAGUCCAAGUGCGAGGUCGUUCGCCAAUACACCGCCAGGCUCAUCAAUGCGUUUGCCUCCUUGGCUGAAGGCCGGCUCUACCUUUCCCAGAAUCCCCGGCUGCUCCGGAUGCUGGAAGGAAGGUUGAAAGCGGAAGAUAAGUACUCCCUUACCCGGGAGAAUGUCCUGGGGGCUCUGCAGAAACUCAGCCUCAGGCGGGCUUUGCAGUCGGCGAUGGUGAAGGACGGGCUCAUCCCGUGGUUGGUGGAGGCCCUGAAGGACACGGACUCCAUGUCUGAUUACACCCUGGCCUACUCAGUGGCUUUGCUCAUGAACCUCUGCUUGCGGAGCUCAGGGAAGAAGAUGUGCGUGACAAUUGCAAACGAGAUUCUCAAAGUUCUCUCGGACCUGCUUGGCCACGAGAACCACGAGAUUCAUCCCUAUGUGAACGGAGCCCUUUAUAGCAUCCUUGCAAUUCCAUCCAUAAGAGAGGAAGCUCGAGCGAUGGAAAUGGAAGACAUUCUCCGAUGCUACAUCGCGGAAGGAAAUGCCGAUAUGAUCCAGCAGAUUGAGUUUAUUAUCAAGCAGCUGCAAUCAGAAGAUCCACAGGAAGACAGUGCAGAAUCCGACGAUGAGGAGAAGGAGGACAAUGCUGAAGAGGACCACAAUGGCAUGGAGGCCGAUCUGGACAAAGACGAAGUGUUACAGCCCCAGCAGGGCGAACUCUCGGGAGAAAAACUCCUGACCACCGAAUAUUUGGGAAUCAUGACCAACACCCCAAAAGCACGGAAGAAGACCCUGCCCAGCGUCCGUCACAGCGUGGACGAGCCUCUUCAGAGACCCGUGACCCCCAGCUAUCACAGGGCACAUUACCCAACGAUCAUGACCAACACCCCAAAAGCACGGAAGAAGACCCUGCCCAGCGUCCGUCACAGCGUGGACGAGCCUCUUCAGAGACCCGUGACCCCCAGCUAUCACAGGGCACAUUACCCAACGCAUCUUGGAGCUGACCCGGAGGUCCAGUCGGUUGCUGAAGUUCUGAUUCUCCACUCUCCCGGUUCUUCCCAAGACAGCGGAAACGCGUUGCCAAACAGGUCCGUAAGUAGCGGCUUUGCCGGCAGACCCAAAUUUUCCUGCGCCCCGGACUUCCAGAACAUCCGGUCCGGGAGAGGGAAGCUCCCGUCCAUCGCCCCCCAGUUUGGCCCGUCUGGACCUCACCCACCCCUUCGCCCCAGCUCUUCGGAGUCAACGAGAAACAAGCAAAGCAGCCACCCUUCUAGGAGGCGCAGACCCACAGCCUUUGUGUCCUGGAAAGACGACGACAAAAAUUGCCUCUGCCCUCGUGUGACAUGCCAAAGAAGGCCCAGCGAAAUAGAGAAUGGAGCUCUGGGUACCUGUGGGCCACGGUCGGCCGUGAUUCAAGGUUUAGCAGAACCUUCUGCAGGCUUCGAUGGGCGAGACGAGGAUUGUUGUCGUCGUUGUUAG